AAGAAACACUCAGAUCACAGUGAGUUAAAGCAUCAAGAUCUCUGGUUUCGGUUUCCUCUGUGCGCAAGAGAAACUGCACGAGACGCUCCGGCUUUUGGCGCGCUCGAUUUAAAAUGCUUAAAAACUUCACAAUGUGUAAAUACUUACCUGCAGUGAUGACCCUGAUAUUGUUUUUUACAUACCAUGUCAGUGGAAAUUCACUUGAUCCCCUUAUCAAAUGUCUACAAGACAUUGAUUAUGAUGAACUUCUAAGGAUAACGGAGGAAGGUUUGCAUCCAACCAAAUCUCCUAAACAUGUGAUUAUUGUUGGAGGAGGAGCUGCUGGACUUACUGCUGCUAAGUUUCUAGAGGAUGCGGGACACAAGGUGACAAUUAUUGAGGCGAGUAAUCGAAUAGGUGGAAGAAUUCUGACACACAGGGAUAAAAGAGAGGGCUGGUAUGCAGAGCUUGGUGCCAUGAGGAUCCCAAGUUUUCACAAGAUUCUUUUGAAAUUUGCAGAAAAGUUGGGCUUGAAGAAAGGAAAGUUUGUACAAGAAGACAAUAACACUUACUAUUUUCUUAAUGGCUUGCGUCACAAAGCCUACGCUGUAUGGCAGAACCCAGAUAUUCUCAACUACUCUGUAAGUGAACGGGAGAAGGGGAAAAGUGCCAGUCAACUGUUUAACAUGACAUUGAACAAGUUAAGAGAAGAUCUGAAGAUAAUGGACUGUGAGAAAAUGCUGUAUACCUAUGAUUCAUAUUCUCUUAAGGAGUAUUUAGUAAAUGUAGGAAAUUUGAGUGGAGAAGCUUUACGAAUGAUUGGAGAUAUCCUGAAUGAAGACAGCUUAUUCUAUUCAGCCUUCACCGAAAUACUCUACAUUUAUAAUGACAUAAAUGACAAGAACAUAUAUUACGAAUUCAAAGGUGGCUUUGAUUCAUUCCCAAAUGCAUUUUACACUGUGCUAAAUGCCACAAUCCUUCUAAAAUCAAAAGUCCAGGCCAUCAGCCAAACAAAGAAAGAUGUGACAGUUUUAUAUCAAGACUGGCGUAACCCCUCGGCUCUGACCAACAUUACUGGUGAUUAUGUCUUAAUGACAGCCACAGCCAAAGCAACACUCUUGAUGGAUUUCAAACCUCCUCUGACCACCAAGAAGAUGACGGCGUUUCGAUCUUUGCACUACGCCACCUCAACAAAAGUGGUGCUAAGUUUCAGCAAAAGGUUCUGGGAGGAUGACGGCAUUAAGGGUGGGAAAAGCAUCACAGAUCUGCCAUCACGGUUCAUAUACUACCCCAGCCACAGCUUUGGGGUACAAGGUGGGGCUUUAUUAGCAUCAUAUACUUGUUCUGAUGAGGCUGCGCUGCUCCAAACUUUACCAGAUGAUGAACUGAAAGCCCGGGUGUUGAAUGACUUGGCGAAGAUCCAUGGAGAACACAUCCGCCAUCUCUGCACAGGGGGCGUAGUGAAAAAAUGGGGAUUGGAUCCUUACAGCCACGGUGCCUUUGCUAUCUUCACUCCAUUUCAGAUGAGAGAUUAUGAACGUUUUUUAGUUCAACCUGAAGGCAGGAUUUACUUUGCAGGAGAGCACACAGGCAGACCUCAUGGCUGGAUUGAGACUGCCAUGAAAUCUGCACUGAGAGCUGCAAGAGAUAUAAAUGACAAUAAAACGUAGAAAACAAAUAAUGUUAAAUCAACAAUUUACUUGAAUUCUAAUAAUAAUAUUGUUAAAUGUCAUAUACAUUAUCAUGCAACAAUGUGUCUGAUCACAUUUUUUAAAAAUAUGUUUUAUUAACUUUUACAUUCUGAAAAGUGAUUUCAGAUCAUUGCAAAAAAGCCUUAUUGAAAUAUGACAGCAUUAAAUUAGUAUUAGCACAGAUUUUAGUGUUAUGUUUUUGGAAUAGUGUUUACGUCAUUUUAUGACAUAAGUUGACUGAAUAUGGAAUAUGUAAAUGUUAAAGAUGUGUUUUUACAUUAAGAUGCUGUAAAAAUUGACAUUUGGAUACAUUUUUAUAUGUUGUGGAAUAAAUUAUUUAAAGAUUAAAAUUCAUGUUAUUUUGUAUUGUAUAUUUUAAUUUAUGUUUUUGUAAAGUGUGUCUAUAUCUUUUGCCCAUGCAUAAGAGUUUAUAUUUGCAUUUAUACAGCACAAGCUUUUUUCAAAAAAUGAGAGAGCAUUUAACAUUUUGAUCACGUCUCUCACUGCCUGGCAUCACUAGUGAUGGGAGAAACCAAACUUUUCGAAGCUUUAUAUCGGUUGAACCAUAUGCUUUGAGAGAGUUUUUAACAUUUUCAUCAGCUUGAUCCUAAAAAACAAGAUAAACCACAACACCAAAA